GUAAGAUUUUAGGGUUUUUUCAACCGAAAAAGCAAAAAGGAAAGAAGCUUCGAUUCGUUGUUGCCGCCUUACCGUCACCUUCGGCUGCCGUGUUUCUGCCACCACCAUUUGAGGAGGAGUUGAAGAAGGCCUAAAAAUAUCCCCAUUUGGCGUACCGGUUAACGCUUAAGCAGAAUGGAUGACAAUGGAGAAAGCAAGAUCACGAGCAUCGGGCAAAUUGUUAAGUUCAAGGCGUUCCUUAAAAAAUGGCAGCUCGUGGCUCUGACGCCCAAGAGCUGCACCACGACACCGUCCAAAGGAGGCGCCUGUGAAGCUAUCUCGCCUGAGAUCAGCUUGAGGUGGAGAAACUCAAACCUACAAUGCGAGUCGGACGAUGAGAGCGGCCAUAGCCUAGAGAUGCCUAGCGACGUUCCCAAAGGCUAUCUUGCUGUAUAUGUGGGGCCGGAGCUUCGCAGGUUUAUCAUCCCCACUAGCUAUCUUGGUGAUCCCUUGUUUAAGGUUCUGCUGGAGAAGGUUGAGGAGGAGUUUGGAUUUGAUCACAGCGGCGGCCUCACAAUCCCUUGUGACAUCGAGACGUUUAAGUAUCUCCAGCAAUGCAUGGAAAAUCACAGAAAGGAGCAAGCUUGUCCGAGCAAUGCAGCCACGGGGGAUACCUCAUUACCGGAUUUAGAGGAGUGACGGUUGCAGAAGUGCUUUCAGAUUAGAGAUGAAAGGUUUCUUGAAGAAAUUUUUCUUUUCAAAUAUUGAAGAAGCAUUUUAAAAAAUGGACUGACUUUAGAUCUGGAGUUAAUUCAAUCCGGUGGCUUUGCAUUGUCGAGAAAAUACCUGUAAUAUCGUAUGACAAUAUUCUACAUUAUAUCUGGAGUAGUCAUUUUGUU